AUGGGAAACUCUUUAAGAUGCAUAUCGCAAGAACAAGAUCCGAACCAAAAGAAACCAAGCACCGUCGUCAACGGUACUAGCUCCGAGAAACAUGUCCGGAGACUGUCCCUGAUACCAUCUUUCCGACGCCGGACAUUACUACCGUCUCUCUCUUGCUCCGGUUCCUCCACGUCAGGUUCAUCAACGUCCAAGAAAGGAGGGAUCAAGACAAAGAAGAAGAUCAGAGAAAGACACCACCAAGAGCAUCACCAUCAUGACCAUCACGAGAAAGACUCUCUUAUCCAAGAACAAACCUUAGCCGCCACCAAUAUACUCUUCAGCCAAACGCCUCGUAACAGCAACUCUGCUCCUCCUUUCCGACGCUCCACCUCCGUCGUUUACACUCAGCCACCUCCUGCCGCCGUAGCCGCAUCAGUUGGUUCUGUUUCCGGCGUCUUGACUCCUAAAAAAUCCACUUGUGCAUUCGUUAGAAGCUCAAGUAAUAGGCAGAGAUCAAGCACCGAUCCUGUUCUUAAACCAAAUCAGCUUCUAGACAAGGAGCUAAAGGUGGAAGGAGCAGAGACAAAACGAUUCGUGCUGGUUCAUGGAGGAGGAUUUGGAGCAUGGUGUUGGUACAAAACCAUAACGCUCUUAGAGAAACAUGGCUUCCAAGUCGACGCCGUUGACUUGGCCGGUUCUGGCGUUAGCUCUUUUGACACAAACAACAUCACCAGCCUUGCUCAGUACGUCAAGCCCCUCCUCCACUUCUUCGACACCCUCAAACCCACCGAGAAGGUGAUAUUAGUGGGACAUGAUUUUGGAGGGGCUUGUAUGUCUUAUGCUAUGGAGAUGUAUCCUUCUAAGAUCUCUAAGGCUGUUUUCAUCUCUGCUGCUAUGUUGGCUAAUGCACAAAGCACUCUCGAUCUCUUUAAUCAACAGUCAUCCGACUCAAAUAAUGAUCUGGCUGAACAAGUCCAUAUAUUCUUGUACGCCAACGGCAAAAAGAAUCCUCCAACAGCCGUUGAUUUCGACAGAUCAUUGCUACGAGACUUUUUCUUUAAUCAGAGCCCUCCAAAGGACGUUGCAUUAGCGUCGGUAUCCAUGAGACCAAUCCCGUUCGCACCGGUGGUCGAAAAGCUUCACGUGUCGGAGAAAAACUACGGUUCAAUCCGACGGUUUUACAUCAAAACCAUGGAGGAUGAUUUCGCUGUACCGGUUUCUCUCCAAGAAGCAAUGAUCAAAUCAAACCCUCCUGAACAAGUUUUUCACCUCAAAGGCUCUGAUCAUGCACCUUUCUUCUCUCGUCCACAGUCUUUGAACCGGAUACUCGUCGAGAUUUCUCAGUUACCUUCCAAGAAAUCUUCCUAAAAUCUUUGUUACCGGUUUAUGUAAAACCGUACCGGACAUAGGAUCCUGUAAACUUGUUAAAGUUAGAAAUUGUCGGAUUUGUUUUUGUUUUGGAGAGAUAUGAACAAAGAUUCAUUUGGGAAUGGGUUCUUUUUUUUUUUCCAUUAUUUGUAACUUUUUAUCAUCAAACAGUA